AUGCAGCAGCCACAGCAGCCAAAUGAUAUGUUCCAUACAACAGUAGGAGAUGGAGUAACAGCAACCUGGGUAGAUCCCACACAAAUGGGGCAAUUUGACAAUAACUGCUUCCCGAAUCAAGCACAACAAUCAUCAGGAUAUUAUCGAUUAGAAGUAGAUCAAGCUCCACUAAUUACAGUUCCUGUAGUUCAGGAGAUUCAGAGAAGAGAUAAAAUUAUUGAAGUACCUCAAACAAUUAUUAAGGAUAAGAUCUUGCCAAAGAUUUAUCACCAGGAAGUUAUUCACGAGGUCCCAAAACUUGAGGUUGAAGUACAAGAGAAGGAAGUUGAGGUUCCAAAUGUUACUUUAGUAGAAAAGGUGGUUGACUUGGAACACAUUGUUGGAUUUAAUCCAAAAUACGUCCCGACAUGGGAAGUUAGAGAAGUACCAAAACUAGUUCCAAAAUUUGUUGGUGAGCAAAAAGUUCUUUAUAUUGAAAUUUCUCAGAUUCAAUAUGUUGACAAAGUAACUGAAAAAGAGGUUGUUGUGGACGUUGUGGAUAAAGUAGUUCCCAGAGUUGUCGAAAUUGAAGAGCCAAUUGAAGUUAUCCGAUAUAAGUGGAAGGAGGUUUAUGAUGAUAUACCAGUUGUAAAAUAUGUUCCCAAGUUUGAUGUUGAGGUUGUAUGCCCUGCUCCUGUUAUUGUACCCUAUGUACAGCCAGAAAUUAAAGAUCUACCACCAGUUAAAGUUACGGUUGGCCCUGAUGGUAGAGAAACUAAUGUGGCUCAGGAUUACAAUAUACCAAAUAACAAUUCUGUUUCCUCACCAAAUUCCAUCCCAAAUAUGAACAACCAUCUUGCCCAAAUUAAUGAUAUCAAUAGUUCUCCCUUCCCAUUACCUGAAGGAAGUCACCCAGUCGAGCCAAGAAUGCCACAAUUCAUGAAAGGAAAUAUUCCAGUAAAUGUUAGAGUCAUGCCUCCACAUCCAAAUAAUCAAUAG